CCCCGCACCUCCGUUGGCGGUUUUCGCUGUUGAUUAGCUUCUCCCUCACUCGCGAUCCCGCCAUCCAUGGAGGCCGAGACCAAGGCGCCGCUGGUGACGGACGAUGAGGGCGAUUCUGACGGCGAGAAGAACCUGGACGUCGCCCUCAACCGCCUCGAGCUCUUCCUCGCCCUGCUCGGCUUCCCCGACUCCCCCUCCCGAGCCCGCCUCGCCGCCUCCUGCGCCGCCUUCCUUCUCCUCGGGGUCGCCGUCCCCUCCGCCGCCAUCUGCCUCUCCCGGUGUUCUCAGUCCCGCGGCGACGAGUACGAGGUACAGCAGUUCGAGCUCUGUGUGCUCGUGUCCGAGGCGUCGCUGGCGGCCGUGUCGCUCGCUGCCGUGUCGCGGAACCUCCUCAAGUACGGGGUCCGGAGGUUCCUGUUCGUGGAUCAGCACCAUGGCCAAGUCGACAGGCUGCAGCAAGAGUAUGUCUGCAAGAUCCAGGAGUUCUUCCGUUUGCUUCUUUGGUGGAUAUUGCCUUGCUUUAUUGUGAAGACUGCUCGUGAAAUUGUUCGCUUUAUAUACAUCUUCCAUGAGUCAAGAUGGAGAUCCAUAGUGGUUUUCUUAGCUUCAACCAUGUCAUGGGUUUACUUGACAAUAAUUCUUUUAUCAGCUUGUAUGUUGUUCAAUCUAGUGUGUAAUUUGCAAGUUAUUCACUUUGAAGACUAUGGUAAACUUUUGGAAAGAGAUGUGGAUGCUUUGAUAUGUUUGGAGGAACAUGUACGCUUGCGUUAUUAUCUUUCCAAAAUCAGCCAUAGGUUUCGCAUAUUUCUCCUUUUGCUUUUCUUGUUUGUCACAGCGAGUCAGUUUGUCACCCUUUUUCAGACCACUGGAUACAAUGGAAAGAUCAAUUUCGCUAAUGCUGGUGAUAUAGCUGUGUCAUCGGUUGUCCAAGUUAUUGCUGUAGUUCUUUGUUUAAAUGCUGCUUCCAAAAUUUCUCAUAGGGCUCAAGGUGUUGCAUCAUUAGCCAGUAGAUGGCAUGCAUAUGUAGCAUGCUGUCCUGCCGACCCUCAAAUGCAAUCUACAAAUAGCUCGUGGAAUUUGGAAGCUAUUCCAGCAAGUUCAUCGUUGAUGGAUUAUUCAGAAAGUGAUUCGGAGUCAUUGGAGAAUAUGGCAUUGCACAAUAAUGCUCAGUUAUCUUCCUUUGUGUCCUCAUAUCACAAGCGGCAAGCCCUUGUCAUGUAUCUACAAUCAAACCCCGGAGGCAUUACAAUUUUUGGAUGGACAGUUGAUCGAGCAUUGCUCAAUACACUCUUCUCCUUUGAGCUGACUCUUGUGCUUUUUGUGCUUGGUGAAACUAUAGUCUUUCCUUCCGGUUGACCUUUCGUCGACAGCUUCUCCAGAUUUUCCCCCUAUUUAUGGAUACCCUGAAUUAGUGCUUGAGUCAUGAUCUUGCAUGUAUAAACCUUGUGAUUCAUGUUAAUUCAUAUAAACUUCCUAGAUUUUGUGAGCCUACAUUUCAAGGAAGUACAUGCCAUACCGUCGAUACAAAACAUCUGGAACCGUGUAUAGAUCCAGAGUGCAUUAAUUCUGCAUAUCGAUAUCUUCUUUUGGAGAGCUAAGCCCUUUGUAAGAUUUCCUGCCCUUGUGUACAUGCACACUGAAGUGCUCAUAAUACUUCUGCUACCAUGCAACAAACACUUUGGUUUUGGCCUAUAUUUCCAUUGUAUUUAUUUUAUUUUCCCCAUGUAAUAACUUUACAUUCUGUGCAAACUUCCUCAAUAAAUAACACGUUGGAUUGGUUUUCUGUUCA